CGACUACGGUCUACGGCGCAGUUAAAUUCCAAGGACACUUAGUCCACAGAUAACAACCGUCAGCAAAAUAUAUUACAAUUUAUAGUAUUUUUAUGGGAUUGAGAGAAUUCGAGGAAUUCAUAAGUUAACAGGAAAAUUACAUAUACAAUUCAUUUUACGCUGAAUAUUUACCUCAACACCCGUAACGUAGGACUCAUUAGUGUUUGAACUGUAGCGAUGAUUGGUAUUUAAUUUGACAAGAACUUCUCAACACCAAGAAUGUAUUAUUGUCAAUGAGCUAUGAGUGCGAACUUUAUUUUGACAAUGUUGCAUUAUUAAUUCCCGUGAUUUCGAGUUUAUUGGUGGGUUGUGACAAGUAGAGAUGCAAUUUCAAAAUGCCAAAGGUGGCAGUAUGGUGGUGUUUAAUUGUGUGUGGUUGGAAUGGAGGUGCUACUAGUCAUGAAUUGAAAGAGGAUAUUCCAGUGUUACAAUGUCCUCCAAACGUUAAUGCUUCUCAGUGUCUGUAUAAAGGGCACCAAGCUGAUGAGUUUUUGUUUAGUCUGCAAGGAAAAGACGUAACGGUGAAGUAUGGUGCAAAGCAUUUCAAACUAUCAUGUCCACAAGGCAUAAACUUGGAAGAUGGCAUACUACCAGCGUUUGCACACCCAACCGCAGUGCCCACCGUCACGCUCAAAGGCUGCACUCCACCCGCUGCAUUGGCGCCCGCCCUAGCCGCACUAAAUGUUUCUCUCACUACGCUUACUGACCUAACUCUUCGUGCUCUGCCGGCAUUGCCAGCCGAGACACUGUCGCUUUGCAGUAGCCUGAACCUGACCUUAUUAGAACUGGAAGCGGUACGCGGAAGGCCGACCCUCUUUGCUGAUACGUUAAAAGACUGUACCGGCCUCGUCACUCUUCGCCUCAUGGGAGUUAUCAUCAACCUUGCAGCGCUCAACCUGCUCCCCGUCUCCUUAAAACAGCUGGCCUUGUGCAGUGGCAGCCUCGAAGAGCUGCCACCAACCGCGUUGCAACGCCUCACCAUACUGGAAAGACUAGAGAUCCAGAGUGAUAGACUGCGAAACGCUCCUCUCGCAGUGGCGACCAAUCUUCGUGCCGUCGUAAUUCGCGCGCCACUGAGCAAUCUCACCAUAGCCGCGAAACUCGAAAACGUGACGCUGAGCGGUGGCGCGGCAGCGGUGGUCCCCAACGGGACCUGUAAUGUGCGGUCAUUGCGACUAGGGGGCGCCCCAGAAAAUGCCACAACGGAGUGGUUGAGAAGCUGCGGCCAAUUGAAGGCACUAACGUGGUACUGUGCUGCACGUGGGACCGCCGGCCGGAUUCCGCUACCGCCAGCUGCCUCUCUGGAGAAUCUGCGAGUUUACCGUUGUCGGCUAGACUUAGUGAACGAGGCGUGGCUUCGCGGAGCCCCGGCGCUGAGCAGUUUGGAAUUGAUGGAUCACGCGGCGACGGCGCUGCCGCGGGAAUUAUUAGUAUGGAACGUGGCGCUACGCUCGUUAUCGCUUAGGUCGACUGAAUUAAAUCGCGAGUCGGUGCGGGCAUUGGAGAUAGCUGAGCUCCUGCAACUACGUGAGCUUGAUCUCAGCGACAAUCCCUCGCUGGGCGACCUUUGUGGUGGCGGGUCCAAUGUAGAUGUAAACGCAGUAUCCGCCCUGGUGAGAUUACGCGCUUUACGUGUCUUGAAAUUGCGAGGUACCAACGCCACACGUCUCUGCCCUGACUGGCGCCGAGAUCUGCCUGCUUUGAACCUGCUUGACCUACGCAAGAACAACAUCUCCCGUCUUCAGGAGGAAGAUCUACAGUGGUCGCAAGAAAGCGUGACGGUCGAGUUGUGUGACAAUCCCCUCGAGACUGUAAGCUAUUCUGGGGAGCAAUACCGUGCCGCGCUGGUGGAACCGCCGUCGCGCGUCAACGUAGGCCUUUGCAAAAACGACAUCUUAGCGCCAACUCUACGCUGCGACUGUGACGUUUAUUGGUUUGCGCACGCCCUCCGCGAUCGGCCAGGCCACGCACCUCCAGCCCUCGCCGCCUUACGUUGUCCCGGAGGCACUCUAUUGCGGGACACGCCGCUCGAAGAUCUCACAUGUCCAGUGCCCGCGCCGCCGUGUCCACACGCCUGUCGUUGCGCUGCAACGGGCGAAGCUGUUUCUGUCAGCUGUAACCGCGCCGAGCUUGACGCCGUGCCAUCCUUACCAUCCGAAUUGCCCGUGCGGACUCUGGAUCUAUCGCACAACGCUUUGACGCGACUUGGCACCGUCGCUUUACCCGCCAACCUGACCUUGCUGGACGUCUCACAUAACCGUCUGCAGCUAGUGGAUUUGGAAGAGGUGGAGGCAGCGUUAAACGCGUCGCGACUAUUGCGUAUUGCCGGGAAUCCAUUGCGCUGCGAGUGCGCGGCACGGGAAGCAAUGGCUGCGCUGAUUGCGGCGUCUCCGCGGAUAGAGGACUGGUCACAAGUGCGCUGCUCAGACGGUGUCUUAAUAGCUGCACUGCAGCCGGGAGCGUUAUGUGCGCGGCCGGCGUUAACGGCAGCGCUGGUGACAUUACUUGCGGCGACAGCAUUCGCGAUGAUGUCUAUCGCCGUAUUCCUUACAAGUCGGCGAGCCAGGAAACGAAUUAAGUGGUUCCUAUGGUGGCGUUGGCGUGGCGCUGAAAUCGAAGCGGAAGAAGUUGAUGCAAAAGAUGCGCGUUAUGAAGCAUUCGUAUCGUUCGCAACAAACGAGGCUGGUCGCGCAGCAAAAUUGGCGGCGCGACUGGAAUCGCAAGGGCGUCGCUUGUGCCUCCACCAUCGGGACUGGGCGCCUGGUGAACUCAUUACAGAGCAGAUCGCGCGCUCUGUACGCGAUUCCCGCCGAACAAUUGUGCUGCUGUCGGACGCAUUUCUAGAUUCGGCGUGGGCGCGUGCCGAAUUUCGCGCAGCCUGGGCGUUAACGCAGCGCGAGCGCAAGCCGCGUCUGUUGCUCGUACUGCUGCCCGAAUUGACAGUGCCACGUUCGACGUUAGCGGCAGCGCUGCCCGCGGACCUAUCCGUUGCCGUGGCAACGUGUACCUAUCUGGAGUGGGAUGAGCCGCGGUUCUGGGAAAGGCUUGAACGCGCGGUUCCAUUACCGCUCGUCUCUGUGGCGUCUCCUGAUGAGAACGCCUCGAAAGACGCUCAACGCUAUUAAAUCUAUCCAAUACAAAUGUUUGUAAGACUGUUUUUGAUAUUAUUGUUUUUAAAUGUAUUCUUUUUUAGAUUGUGAUAUAAACUGAUGAAACGGUGGGUGGGUUAGUAAGUAGUUAAUAUUGAUAAACUCGAAUUAUGUACAUUAUAAACGAAUUAAUGAUAUCGCUUGCCCCGGGGAACAAGUUCGUAAAGCACGAUUAGGAGUGUUUUAAUGUUUUAUGAUUUUUUACUUUCUUUGGUGAUGACUGUAUUUUUGCAGAACUUUUGCAAUAAUUUUCUUAUAAAAAAACACGGGUAUGACUUUAUUCUACGGAAAUUAUUUUGUGCCCAAUGUUAGUAGUACUUGUCGUACGACUUAUUAAGUUCCAAACUUGUCAAAAGGUGCAGUCGUAAGGAGCGAUUACUGCGUCGUAUAAACAGUGAAACAAUCUGAUACCUUGCUUUAUGACCAUCCGCGAUUCUACGCAUGCCUGUAUAGGUCCCAUAGCGGAAAUACCGAAACUGAGCGACUCAUUGAGCACAUCCAAAUGGCUACAGAU